AUGCAACAAACAUCUCUUCGCCUUAUAUUUUUGUGUAGUCUAUUGAUAUUUAUUCAACAGUGCAAUAAAACUGAUGCUCAGAUAUUUCGCAAUUUAUCGGUUUCUAUUAAAAAACGACUGGAUGACUUAAUCUCAUCAUUAACAAUAGAGGAGCUUGUUGAGCAAAUGGCAAAUGGUGGCGCAGGUCCAACAUACGGUCCUGCACCGGCUAUACCUAGAUUAAAGAUCAAACCCUAUCAAUGGCGUACAAAUCCAAAUCAAGGUCUUUGUACUUCAUUUGUAAGUCACAUUAAUCAAGCUGCCUCGUUUGAUAUACUGGAUGUCUGGAAAAUCGCUUUCGCAAACGGCUUAGAAAUGCGAGCUAAAUGGAAUCAGUUUAGUAAACAAAAUAAUUACCGUGAUAAUACGGGAAUAAAUGUGUUUGCACCGACUGUCAAUCUUCUUCGGCAUCCUCUUUGGGGAAGGAAUAAGGAGACUUACGGGGAAGAUCCAUAUUUGGCGGCUGAAUUAGCUAGAGCAUAUGUACAUGGGAUUAGUGGUUGGAAUGUACCACACGAUGGCUCAAUCAAGGUAAACUUACUAACAAUAAAUCCAAUCAGACAACAUGUUGUAUUGGUUGGUGCAAACUGUAAACACUAUGCUGCGCAUUCCGGACCAGAAAACGAUCCUGUUUCAAGGUUAUCUUUUGAAGCCGAUGUUCCGGAACACGAUUUGUGGAUGACCUAUUUUCCUGCUUUUCGCGCAUGUAUGGAAGCUGGAGCUGUUGGAGUUAUGUGUGCAUAUAGCGGAGUGAAUGGCACACCAGCUUGUGUAAAUCACUGGCUAUUAGAUACUGUACUUCGGAAGCAGUGGAAAUAUCCAGGUUUUGUAAUCAGUGAUGAAGGUGCCUUGCAAUUUUUGAUAUCGAAACAUCAUGUUUAUUCGUCUUUACAAGAAGCUGCUUUAGCUGCAGUUAAAGCUGGUGUAAAUAUAGAAAAUGCAUUACCUAAUAAUGUUAACGUUUAUUCUGAAUUAUUAAACCUUACAAAAUCUGGUAAUGUGACUGAAGAUGAAUUACGAAAUCUAGUUCGUCCUUUGUUCCUUGCUAGAAUUCUAGAAGGUGAAUUAAAUUCGCCAGAAAUGGAUCCAUAUGCUCAUUUAUUACCCAGUACAGUUGUCAAGAGUGAUAAGCAUAAAUAUUUAUCGUUGGUUUCUGCAGCCAAAACAAUGGUACUUUUGAAAAACUCUGAAGAAUUCCUUCCACUUAAAAUGAAACCAGAUACAAAUGAACGGCCGUUAAAACAUGUUGCCUUACUUGGACCAUUUUCAAGAAAUAUCAGUGAAUUGGUUGGAAGUUACACUAAACACAUUGAUCCGGCUGAUACAGUUCCAUUGGAUAAAACUCUUGAAAAAAUAAGUGAAAACGUUACUGCUUCAGAUAUUUGCAUUGAUGGUGGGAAGUGUACAAUGUACGACGAUUUAGCUAUCCAAGAAAUACUUUCCCAACCAGAUAUUGACCUUGUUAUCAUAACCAUUGGCACGGGACGAAAUGUUGAAGACGAAGCACAUGAUAGACAUAAUCUGAAUCUACCUGGACAUCAGAAUGAAUUUUUAUUAAGUACACUAGAUAUGGCAGCCGGUCGGGGGAUAAUUAGGCGCAAGCCUGUCCCAGUAGUUUUAUUAGUCUUUUCUUCUGGACCAAUUGAUAUUGAGCCAGCAGUGGAAGAUGAAAAUCUGUAUAUACAAUGGUUAAAAUGUGGGCAAACUGAUAUAAGUAAUGAAGAUCAGUGGGAAUGCACUGCACCUAAUAUUCAAUUGGCAGGCUUUAAACGUAUUCGACUAGAUGUUGGCGAAAAAAAGGAUCUUCAUUUUCAAAUAUCCCCAGACCAGUUAAGUGUAUGGUCUAAUCAACAUAAAUCCAUGGUUCCUGGUCAAGGCACUCUCCGUAUAUCAGUUGGAGGACAACAACCUGAUCAACCAGUUACAGUUGGAUCAAACUAUUUGAUUGGUAUAGUUAAAAUAGAUCACAUAUAGCUGGAAAAGGCUUGGAACUUAAAACAAG